AUGGGCAUUGUAUCCAUGGGUGCACUUGCAGGCGUGUUGGGGGCGCCAUUUUUGUUGGAGGACCCAGCAAACCAGUUCCUACACCUCAAAAGACAUGUACACUUGCAAGAUUUCUGGGACCCAGAAAACAGUCCAAAUGAGUGGGGAAUCACACUGCUUGAUCAGGCUCGAGAAACAUGGACGUCUUUGAAAGCAACUGCCCAUCACUAUUUUGGCAUGAAUACUAUCGCCUUUGAUGUAUCUACUGCCCAGUAA